AUGAGACCGGGCGAUGAACUGGUACGGAGAGCCAAUCGACCCAACGCUCACUCCAUUGUCAUCGAUGUGACCAAAAACAGCGAACACUUGGAUAAAGCGAUCGAAGAGUCAGAUCUAGUGGUGAGUCUUCUUCCGUACGCAUUGCACCCGAAGAUAGCGGAGAAGUGUAUCCGCUUUAAGACAAAUAUGGUUACCGCCAGUUAUACGACACCGCAAAUGAGAGAACUAAAUCAGGCGGCGAUCGACGCCGGCAUCACUAUUGUCAACGAAGUGGGUCUCGAUCCGGGCAUAGAUCACCUGUUGGCCAUGGAGUGUUUUGACCAUGUUCACUCCAAUGGCGGCAAAAUCACUUCAUUUGUCUCGUAUUGCGGAGGAAUACCAGUGCCCGAGAAUGCGGACAAUCCAUUGCGGUAUAAGUUUAGUUGGAAUCCGAAGGGAGUUAUCCUGAAUAGUGUUGCGGCAGCCAAAUGGAUACAAAACAAUGAAGUGAUGGAAAUACCGGCCGGCGGUGCGCUUAUGGACAACACCACAGAUAUUGACUUUUUGCACGGAUAUAAUCUUGAAGGCUAUCCCAACAGAGACUCCACUCAAUAUAGAGAUAUAUACGGCAUUUCUUCCGCAAAGACAGUACUUCGAGGAACUUUGAGAUACAAAGGAUUUUGUGAUGUGAUGAAAGGGUUGCACAUGAUGAAUUUGUUGGACUUAGAGCCUCAUUCAUCACUACAUCCUAAGGGACCGGAGAUAACGUGGAAACAGUUUAUGACACUUCAAUUGGGACAUCAGGACGAUAUGCUUCUCUCAAACCUCAAGAAUCUGCUCUUCGAGAGAGUGGGAAACGAGAACAGAGUG